AUCCCAUCAUUCAUUUGGAGUGGGCGUAGGCUCCCGUAGCAGCAUCACAAAGGUUGGGCUCCUCCCUUCUGUAUGCCGGAGGAAGAGAAGGAGGGAGGUAGAGACAGAGAAUCAGGGUCAGAUGAAUUCAAGUCUGAGUGACGGAGGCUGGGUGUGCAAAUGAAGAGGCGAGUGUGUGUGCGUGUGUGUGAGGGAGGACGAAUCAGAAGGGGCUAGGCAGAGAGUUGGGUGUGUGUGUGUGUGUGUGUGUAUGCAUGUGCGUGUGUGUAUGGUGUAUCCGUGUAUGAGAGAGAGAGAGGAAAUCAGGCAGGAGACAUAAAGAGAGGAAGGAAAAAGGGGGGCAGAAGGAAAAGGACAAGACAAGGGGACAGAGAGGGAAGAUGGCUGAGCCGGAGCUGAAAUCCAGGAGCAGCCGGGAGAGCGUUGUCAAGGCGGCGAGCCAGGAGAAGAUGGGGGCAGCUGAAGCAGAACCCGGCCAAGACGGCCUGAUCGUGGAGCCGUCGGCGUCUCCGUCCACCCCCAUGGUCUCCGCCCCCGCCGCCGCCGCCAGCCCCACCGGCGACUCGCCCGUGAAGGGCGAGAAGAUCGAGCUGAAGCGCAGCAUCACCCUCUUCAAUGGCGUGGGCAUGAUCAUCGGCACCAUCAUCGGCUCGGGCAUCUUCGUCACGCCCACCGGCGUGGUCAAGGAGACCGGCUCGGCCGGGCUCUCGCUCAUCGUGUGGUCCGCCUGCGGCGUGGUGUCCACCAUGGGCGCCCUGUGCUACGCCGAGCUGGGCACCACCAUCGCCAAGUCCGGCGGGGACUACACCUACAUCCUGGAGGUGUACGGCGAGCUGGCGGCCUUCCUGAAGCUGUGGGUGGAGAUGCUGAUCAUCCGGCCGUCGUCGCAGUACGUGGUCUCGCUGGUGUUCGCCACCUACCUCCUGAAACCGCUGUACCCCAACUGUGCCGUGCCGGAUAGCGCCGCCAAGCUCAUCGCCUGCCUCUGUCUGACCUCCCUGACGUUUGUCAACUGUAUCAGCGUCAAAGCGGCCACCAAGGUCCAGGACCUGUUCACUGCCUCCAAACUCCUGGCCCUCAUCAUCAUCAUCUUCUUUGGCUUCAUACAGAUUUUCACAGGUGACGUGCCGUACCUGACCCCGGAAAAGGCUUUUGAAGGCAGCAAACUGGGAGUCGACAACAUCGUGUUGGCUCUGUACAGCGGUCUCUUUGCUUUUGGAGGCUGGAAUUACCUGAACUAUGUAACUGAGGAGAUGAUCAAUCCAGAGAGGAACCUGCCUCUGUCCAUCAUCAUAUCCAUGCCCAUCGUGACGGUGGUGUACGUUCUGACCAACCUGGCGUACUUCACCACCAUCUCCCCCGAAGUCAUGAUCGAAUCGGAGGCCGUGGCCGUGAAAUUCGGGGAGUACCACCUCGGCGUGAUGUCUUGGCUGAUUCCUGUCUUUGUGGGACUGUCCUGCUUCGGAGCCGUCAACGGAUCCCUCUUCACCUCAGCACGUUUGUUCUACGCCGGAGCCAGAGAAGGUCAGCUCCCCGCCGCUCUGGGACUGGUCCACACAGAUCUGUUUACGCCCGUGCCCUCCCUCAUUUUCACAUGCUGUCUCUCCAUGAUGUACGCCAUCUCCCAGGACAUCUUCUCCGUCAUCAACCUCUUCAGCUUCUUCACCUGGCUCUGUGUCGGCAUGGCCAUCGCCGGCCUGGUGUGGCUCCGCCUGACCAAGCCUGACCUCCGACGGCCCAUCAAGGUGUAUCUUUUCAUCCCGGUGACCUUCGUGUUGGGCUGCGUCUUCAUGAUCCUGGUGUCCUUCUGGGCCGCCCCGUUCGAGUGCCUGGUCGGCAGCAGCAUCAUUCUCACGGGCAUCCCGGCCUACCUCCUGGGCUACAAGUGGAAGAAGCCGCAUGUGGUCAAGAAGAUGCUGGAAAUCUUCACCAUGUUCUGUCAGAAGAUCUUCAUGUCUGUUCCUGAAGAGAGGGAGCAACGCAAGGCGGACGAAUAAUCCCGGACGAACCCGAGCAGACGAAGGACCGAGUCGACGUUUCUGUCUGAACAUUCCCAUAAUGUUUACAUUCAUUCAUUCUUUGUUUCUGUUUUUUUUUUUUACUGCAUUUUUUUAAACACUUUUUCUAACCAGCAGGUGGCUCAAAAUGACUGACAGACAACUUACACACAAAAGUGGCUUCUCAAACUUACUUUACCAUUAACGUGAUAACAGUCACUCUUCAAAAUGACACGACCUGUUUCAUUUUUACUAUGAUCAUGAUUUAACAUGUGAAUAAUUACAACAAGCACAUAACCAAUUGUAUACCGCGCACACAAAAUCCAAAGCUGCACACGCUGAACUCCAGUGGCCUGACACGUUUAACGUUCACCUCAAGUGUACAAAUAAAAAAAUACAACUAACAACCAAACUGCACAGCUCAUUAUAGUUUAUAGUUUUUUAUAUACGCUGAAAGCUGAGGUAAAAACUUUGUAACAACUACUGAUAUUAAAAUAUAAUAGUUAAAAUUAAAAAAAAAUAACACUGGAAACAUAACUCAUGAUAACUAAUAGAGAAUAUUUAGGUUCAGAGGCGUAACAUUAGCAUAAAGUAACACUGAUUAUCAUUAACGUUCAUGUCAACUAACAGUUAUUUGUUUUCUUGCGUUCUUCAGUAAAGGGAGUUUGCAGUGAAGUAGUGAGGCACAGACGACGGUGUGUCGCUGUGACGCAGGUCUGCUUCCUCCUCCUGCGCCUCCGUCUGCGAGGGGUUCUUGUAGGAAGCCGUGGACCUGUACAGAAGUCAGACGUCAUUCUAGUGGUCGUAAUUAGUGUUUGUACUGAAUGUAUCUGUAGUGUGUGCCGGCCGUG